UAUUGAGAUCCGAAUUGGAUUUUCAUUCUCACGGAAGAAUUCAUACUACAUAUACAAUAGUUUGGCGACGAGGAUUUGAAAAGAAGCACGUUUACGCAUCCUGAACUACACCUACAGAGAAUUACAGCCAUGGCAGAGUUAUUAGUACAAACUUCUUUCAGCAUUGAACCAUUUUAACCGAGUACCAUGGAGUUUAGAAGAUGGUUGCAGCGAUUGGAAGGAGCAUUCACGGUAUUCAAAGUUACCGAGGAUUUACGGGUACCAUAUCUUUUACACUACAUUGGUUCCAAAUCAUUCGAGAUAAUAUGUGAUAAAGUCUCACCCGAGGAUCCAUACCAGAAGUCUUUCAACGAGUUGAUAGAGAAAAUGGAGCAAUUCUAUUCACCGAAACCAUUAGAAAUAGCAGAAAAUUUCCGAUUCUACCAGAGAAAGCAGCAGAAUGGCGAGAGUUUACAAGAAUAUGCAGCGGCGUUACAAAAGAUGAGUAUUCACUGUAAUUUUGGGAAUUACCUGAAAACUGCACUUCGGAAUCAAUUUGUAUUUGGUCUCUCGAGCAGAAGAAUUCAAGCGAGACUUCUCGAAUCCAUUGAUUUGAAUUUUGACAAGGCUGUCAAAAUAGCUACGAGUAUGGAGCUGUCAGAGAAAGACGCGAUUCAACUACACGGUGGCCCAAAUAAUUCUCUUGGUUAUUUAGGGUCAACUUCAAGAGAUUCGAAGCCGACACAUCAUUUCAAGAACAGCAGAGAUUCAACUAAUUCUAAUAAAAUUUCAAAUUUUUCCAGAAAUUCAAAUACUGUUGAAUGUUUCAGGUGUGGUGGUGGUCAUUUCGCUACAAAAUGUAAAUUGGAUAAAAAUAUUCAAUGUAAAGGAUGUGGAGUGAAGGGUCAUCUACAGAAGGUUUGUUUUAAGAAGACUACCCAUACAAAUUCAGUUGAGGAAAUACUUAAUUCAACCUCAAUGAUCCUGAAGAAACAUCAGAGCCUAUGGAGAAUUCAAAAAUUAAUUCCAAUGUCACCACCACACGGAGAUCGCAGAGGAAUAUCAGAUUGCCAGUUAAAUUAAGAAAUGAUUUUCAACUUUGAGUUGUUAUUGUGGAUUUCUUUUUAAGGAGGGAAGGUGUUACAUGUUUUUCACAUCCUGUAUAAAAUAGGGAUUUCUAGAUGUACAUUAUGACAUGAGAACUGGAAGAUAAAAGGAGCAUCGGUUGUUAUGUAUAUUACGAUAGUUACAGUUAUGUAAUAAAAAU